CCAUUCAAUAAAAACAUGUAUCAUUGAAAAGGAAACCAUGGAAAGGACAUGGAACUAAUUCCAAACAGUUCUGUCUGCAAAUCAACUGUUAUUCAACAUCCAAAAAUAUUUUAAAGCUUUUUUUAUUGAAUUCCUUUAAUUUUAUUCCAAAGUAGGGAAGUACCUACAAUAAAAUCACUUUUUAUGAUUAAGAUUCUGGUAAAUACUUGAAAAAACAUUGAAUUUGCCUAAAAUCAUAGUAAUUUCUCAUCUUCCACCAUUUUGUUUUCCAACUUUCGCCAGAGCCUAUAAAUACCGGGGUAUUUCCAAGCGGAGCUCAGUUGGUUCCCGACUUUCCGAGACUGAACAAGUGCUGUUGAUCCUAAACCGGUGAUUGAAUUGCUAAAUUCUUCUAAAGCAUUAAAUUAGAUUCUCCAGUAUAUGUAUUAGUAUAGUUUGGUAGUAUCAUUCAUAUUGAAUAAUUAAUAAACCAAGUGUAUUGGUAACAAUAUAGAUUGAUAUCUAUUUCGAUUGGUUCAUAUUUAAUAAGAAUUUGGUGAAUAUUAUUUGUGCUGUGAUUGUCCGAUUUAUCGACUCUGGUUUGUUUCUUGUGCGUUUUCUGGAUAAACGGAUAGCCUAUAUUACUGUUAACUUGUUGCUAUAACAUCGAACGUAAAGAUGGCUCCCAGACCUCAGGGAUUACAACUUGACGGAAGUGUCACUGGCCUACAAGUCACUCCAGGUUUCACCGACAACUCUACUCAAACCGAAGCAGUAGAAACUACAACAACUGGCAUACAAACUAUUUCGAACGUAGUUGAUUCCUCGACCCAGACGAUUGGAUGUUGCAAGUGCAACUGUGCAAAUACCAUACGAACUGUUGAUGCCGCAAUUCAGACACUUGGUUGUGCAAGUUUAAAAAGAACUAAAUCCAGCUUUAAGAAGAGCGAAUCUAGCAGUAGUUUGAAGGAGAUGUUCUCGAAGAUAAGAGUUGACCUCAAGUCGGCCUUAGAGGUGAACAAUGAUGUUGACCUCAAUGUUGAGGUUGACGCUAAGGAAGUCGUUAAGAGGGUGGAUGUUGUUGGUGAUCUGAAAAAACCUGAGGUGUCACCAGUCAUUCCACCCCCACAUCCACUUCCCACCACUCCAGCAGUGGUGAGGAGAUCUUUGCUGCCAAAUUUUGUUUUUGAGGACGCCGAAGUCAAGCCAGCAGCUGAUGUCAAGGUCACAGCUAUUCCACCACCACCCCCUUUGCCAACGGCAGCUAUUCCUCCGCCACCACCACUGACAGUUCUCAAGGUUGGAGCUAUUCCACCACCACCCCCUUUGCCAAUGGGAGCUAUUCCCCCGCCACCACCACUGCCUGUUCCCAAGGUCGGAGCUAUUCCCCCACCACCCCCUCUGCCAAUGGGAGCUAUUCCCCCGCCACCACCUCCUCCAAUGAUGGGCGCCUCCACUUUCCCCAGCAUGAAGUCAGGCGUUGGAAAUGCAGUGUUGAGGAAAAGCAAGACAUUGCCACAACAGAGCACCAUCAAGAUGAAGACCCUCAACUGGACCAAGGUUCCCAAGCAGAAGAUUGCAAAAUCCUUGUGGUCAGACUCAGAGGUACAACUGCCAAUCCUGAAGGUGGACUUUACCAAGAUGGAGGAGAUGUUCUGCCAGAAACAGCCGACAAAAUCAGCUGAUGCCUCCAAGAAUCAGCUGGCAGAGAAGAAGGUGCAGAAAGUGAACCUGUUGGACAGCCAGCGCAGUUUCCUGGUCAACAUUUUUCUCAAGCAAUUCAAGGAAGAUGUUGGGUUUGUCCUGGACUCGAUUAAAAAUGGCACUGGUCUACCUGUGGAGAACCUGAAAUCGUUGAUGAAACUCAUGCCCGAAAAGAAAGAGAUUGCUGAAAUACGCGGUUAUGCCAGCAGCAAAAACCUUGGGGAAGCUGAGAGCUUUUACCUGCAUCUGUCUGACAUCGCUGACUACGAACUGAGGGUGCAGGCAAUGCUCUAUAAAGAAGAGUUUCAUGAACGAUACACUGACGCAUCUGAACAUUUGGAGAAAGUGAUUGAAACCUGCGAAUUCCUCAUCAAUGAUUGCAGUCUCAAGCAGUUCUUGUUGCUCAUCCUGCAACUUGGGAAUAAACUGAAUGCUGGAACUUAUGCUGGUAACGCAGAUGCGAUCAAGAUCAGCUCUCUGGCAAUGCUGGCUGACACAAGAGCCAAUAAGCCAAAGAUCUCAUUUCUGCACUAUGUGGUUGAUGUGGCUGCAUCCAAUGAUGCCAGUAUGCUAGCAUUCAGAAGCAAGGUUGCCGAUUUCCAGAGAAUGUCAAAGACACCGUUUGCAGCCCUCGAAGAGGAGAUCAAUUCAUUGGUGGAGGGUGCUAAUGAUAUCAGAAAAAAAAUCAAAUCUAGCAUAGUGUCUUCACAAUUUGGUGAUUUCUUCCACAAUGCAAAACAACAGGUGGAUUGUCUUGUGAAGAAGAUGAAGAAAAUUCGAGAGGUGAAAUCUCGACUGGCAGUUCACUUGUGUGAGGAGCCUGCUGCUUUCCAGCUGAAUGACUGCUAUCAGCUAUUUGCUGACUUCUUCAUCAAAGUCAACAAAGCUUUUCAACAAUUCGACCGUAGAAUAAUUCACUAG